CACUUUACCACUCAUGUACAUUCCCAGUCCCUGUAGCUAUUUAGUUAAAUCCAACUUUAUUCUGAAAUAUAAUAUAUAUAGAAAGUAGCCAAGCACAGCAGAGCCUAUAGUUCCAGCUGCUUGGGAAGCUGAAGAAGGAAGAGUGCCUGAGCCCUGGACUUUGACAUUAGCCUGAGCAACAUAGGGAGACCCCCAUCUCAGAAAAGAUGCAUGUAUAUAAAUAUAUGCAUAUCCAAGUGUACAGGUUGAUACGGUUUUUGUUUUUGUUUUUUUGCAAGGGAACACACCCAUAUAGGAUCAGGAAAUAGAAAACAGAGCAGGAAACAGAACGUUCCAGAACCUUGGGAGACCCUUGUGUGCCCUUCUAGUCACAACAGCCCAAAGAUAACCACUAACUAUUAGCCUGACUUCUGUCACCAUAGAUUUUUUUUUUUUUUUUUUUUGGUGCUGGGGUUUAAACUCAGGGCCUUGUGCUUUCUAGGCAGGCACUCUACCACUGGGGCACACCUCCAACCUGUAUCUUGCUUCUUCACUCAACAUUAUGUCUGUAAGAUUUAGCCAUAUCAUUGCACAUAGUUGUUUAAUUUUUCAUUCUUUUUCCUGUAUUAUAAUUCUGUUGUUUUUUGAUGGGUAUCUGGAGUUUCCAAGGUGGUUUUCACUUUUUAUGUAGGAGUGACUGGAGCUUGUUGGUGACUUGAUCAAGUCUGAAACACCCAUCUUCUACAAGAAGGGAGAGAGACUGGGGCCAUAUAGGAGGAUUUACCAGAUGGGAAGUGAGAGCCUGGCUGAGAUUGAGAAUUGUUCUGUGGUUCCAGUCAGACAGCUGUGCCAAGACCUCUGGCAGCUCCCUCCAGACUGUGUGCAGGUCCAGCAAGGAUAGGGAGUUGAGUUAUCAGACUGGUUUCUGCCAGGUAGGAGAGAGGUGCAAGGUGCUGAGGAUACUAGCAGUAGGCAGGUGAUGGAAGGGUGGCUGUGGAUGCAGACUGGGAGGAGGGUGUGCAGGGAAGGUAGGGAAGAGAAGGUAGGGGGAGCUGGCAGCGAGAAAGCAAGCAGAGGCGGACUGUGAGUUCUGUGCAGGAUGGUGUUUGUGAAAUUCUGACUGUCUCUCCAGUGACUGGCAUGUGCCUGGCACAAGUCUGUCACUCAGUAAUAGUUGAAUAAAUGAGCUGAGGGCUCAAGGGACCAGAGGUCUCAGAUAAAAGGCAGGUGAGGUGGGGGUGAUGGAGAGCACCUGGAGGUUGUGGAGGAUAGUGUGGCUGGGGUUUAGGAAAGGGGCAUUCCAGAGCAGAUGAUAGGGCUGGAGUGUUGGAGGGGGUGGCUGAAGGGAGCAGAGAGGCCAGGGUUGGGUGGACAAUCCAUGGGAAUGCAUAGAUUAACAGUGGGUGCAUGAUACCCAGUAUUCAAAGGGAUAUGGGAAUAGUAUUUCUCACACUGAAGUCCUUAGACUUUUUGCAUCUGAAUCUAUGGAGGGAUUGGUGGUUUUUUCACACAUGCAGACCCCUGGGCUUGGGGAGAAAGUAAGCACAGUGUAGCAGAACUGAGCCUCAAAGAGCAGGAGUGUUUGUGGGGUGGGGGAGUGUCUAGCCACUCCAGGGUCAGGGAACAGGGUGCCCAGUGGACAUGGUGGCCUUUCUCCAUACUGGAGGUAGACAAGGGAUUUUCAAAGAAGAACUAUUGAGGGCAGGAAAGAGUCAGCAUUAAGAGAAUUCAGGGCUGAAGAGCUCCAAGUGAGCUGGGGGCCAGAAGGAUGAGACCUCAGCCCUAGGAUGCAGCUUCUGCUAGAGAGGAUGCCCUGGUUAGACAGUAGAUCAUGAUCCUUUUCCCUUGGCCUGGGGAAAGGGGGAACCCAGACUGAGCUCCCCCUUAGUGUGUAUAAGGGUGAGUGUGGUAUAGGGGGCUGUUGGAUUUUCUGCACCCAGUUCCUUCUUGGCAUCCCUCUUAGGACUGAAACAGCUUUCCAGAACUUUAAUGCCCAGCGCCCCAUUCUCUGCCCUCCAUUGGCAUAGUAUAUCACUCAAACCCUGCAACUCCUCCCUCCACCUUUUGACACUUAGAAUCCCAAUUCUCAGUCCUCUGUUCAGCCUUCUUUCAGCAGCCCCCCACAACCACUCUUAGAGCUCUCUACUCUCUCUGUGACCCAUAGCCCCCUCAUUCUAUGCCUCCAUAUUCGUCCCAGUGCCCAAUUCCCGUCAUACGAGCUCCUAAUCCUCAGCUCCCUAACUGAGGCCAGGCAGGCCGAGGUCUGGUGCCCCCCUAGUCCUUGGACGGGUACCGCCCCAUCCCGGCGGGCUGAGUCAGGCGGCAGGAACUGGGCGGGGGGGAGGCGCCGAGAGGAGCCGAAGCCCAGGCCAGAGCGGCUUGGGAGCGAGCACGGAGCCCUGCCAGGCGCACAAUAAGGGGUCCUGGGCCACUGGGAACGCAGGGGGGCGAGCGCGGGUCGGUGGCCUUCGGGAACCUACCAUGAACGCCAAGAAGAAAGGGAGCCCCGCGCGGACUCAUUCCAUGAUGUCCCUGUCGGUGCGGCCGCAGCGCCGCCUGCUCAGCGCCCGGGUCAGUAGAAGCCAGUCCUUCGCAGGCGUCCUCAGCAGCCACGAGCGUGGGCCCAGGAGCUUCCCGGUCUUCAGUCCGCCAGGGCCCCCACGGAAGCCCCUAGUGCUCUCUCGAGUAUCCAGGAUGUUUUCUGUGGCACAUCCAGCCCCCAAGGUGCCACAGCCAGAGCGGCUGGACCUUGUCUACGCUGCCCUUAAGCGGGGCCUGACGGCCUACUUGGAAGUGCACCAGCAGGAGCAGGAGAAGCUCCAAGGGCAGAUAAAGGAGUCCAAGAGAAAUUCCCGCCUGGGCUUCCUGUAUGACUUGGACAAGCAAGUCAAGUCCAUUGAACGUUUCCUGCGACGACUGGAGUUCCAUGCCAGCAAGAUAGAUGAGCUGUAUGAGGCAUACUGUGUCCAGAGGCGUCUCCGGGAUGGUGCCUACAACAUGGUCCGUGCCUAUAGCACUGGGUCCCCAGGGAGCCGAGAGGCCCGGGACAGCCUGGCUGAGGCCACUCGGGGACAUCGAGAGUACACAGAGAGCAUGUGUCUGCUGGAGAGUGAGUUAGAGGCACAGCUGGGCGAGUUUCAUCUCCGGAUGAAAGGACUGGCUGGUUUCGCCAGACUGUGUGUGGGUGAUCAGUAUGAGAUCUGUAUGAAAUAUGGCCGUCAGCGCUGGAAACUACGAGGCCGCAUUGAGGGUAGUGGAAAGCAGGUGUGGGACAGUGAAGAAACGGUCUUUCUUCCUCUGCUCACCGAAUUCCUGUCCAUCAAGGUGACAGAACUGAAGGGCCUGGCCAACCAUGUUGUUGUGGGUAGUGUCUCCUGUGAGACAAAGGACCUGUUUGCUGCCCUGCCCCAGGUUGUGGCUGUGGACAUCAAUGACCUUGGCACCAUCAAGCUCAGCCUGGAAGUCAUAUGGAGCCCCUUUGACAAGGAUGACCAGCCCUCUACUGCCUCUACUGUCAACAAAGCUUCCACUGUCACCAAGCGCUUUUCCACCUAUAGCCAGAGCCCACCAGACACGCCAUCGCUUCGCGAGCAGGCUUUCUAUAACAUGCUACGGCGGCAGGAGGAGCUAGAGAAUGGGACAGCAUGGUCCCUCUCAUCUGAAUCUUCAGAUGACUCAUCCAGCCCACAGCUCUCAGGCACUGCCCGCCACUCAUCAGCCCCUAGGCCCCUGGUGCAGCAGCCUGAGCCCACACUCAUCCAAGUUGCCUUCCGCAGGCCUGAGACCCCCAGCUCUGGGCCCAUGGAUGAAGAGGGGGCCAUGGCCCCAACCUUGGCCAAUGGGCAUGCCCCCUACAGUCGGACUCUGAGUCACAUCAGUGAGGCCAGUGUGGAUGCUGCCUUGGCUGAGGCUUCAUUAGAUAUGGGAUCAGAAAUCCCUGUCCCAGAACUUAGCCCACCAAUACAUUCAGAUCCCACCCAUGGGGAGCACCCCAGUAGUGUUCUUCCUGUUCUAGACACUGGCUAUUCUGCCACAAACACCACACUCAGUACAACUAGUCCUGCCCCCACAUCUAUAGACCCUGCCCCAUCUGCACAGCUAGACCCAGCUCAUAAGACCACAGAAUCUAGCCCUUUUGGCCUGCCAAGUCCCACCCAUAUCACUACAAGCACCACCUGUAGUGCCAUGAGAUCUAUCGAUACUGCACCAAGCCUCACUUCCACUGCUACAAGUUCUACACACAAGCCCAUGCUCUCUAACAUUACAACUACAGGCCCUAACCCCAAUAAUACAGACCCAGCUCAGACCACCACAAGUCCCACCCACACAACUCCAAGUCCCACCCACACAACUCCAAGUCCCACCCAUACCACCCCAAACUCCACCCACACUACUCCAAGCCCCACUCACACUACAACAAGCCCCACCCACAAAGCAAGGAUGUCAACUCACACUAUUAGAAGUCCUACCCCCGGUGAUAUGGGCCCAGCCCAGACCACCACAAGUUCCACCCUUAUAACUGUAAGCCCUUCCCCUUCUCCAGACCUAGUCCCUAGCCCCUCUUCAGACUCCACCAUUCCACUGUCUUGUAACCACUCAGCUUCUGCUCCCUGUACUCAGGUAGACCCUGUAAGAUCCAGCACUUUCUACCAGAGUACUUCCUGUUCUGGUUGGAAACCCCUCACAAACCCUGAGCCAGAUCCUACAGAGCCCAUCUUUAAGAGCCUAAGCCCCCCUCCCUCACCCCUAGUCCCUGCACCCCAGCACUCAGAACUUAGCCUGGGCACUACCUCUCAAGCCCUAGUGUCAGGAACAACUGCAGGGGCUGGGGACAAGAGGCUGGAGGAGGCCCUUGGGGCCCUAAUGUCUGCUCUGGAUGACUAUCGUGGCCAGUUUCCUGAGCUUCAGGGCCUAGAGCAAGAGCUGACCCGGCUGGAGAGUCUGCUCAUGCAGAGACAAGGCAUGACUCGCAGCCGGGCUUCCAGUCUCAGCAUCACUGUAGAGCAUGCCCUGGAGAGCUUUAGCUUCCUCAACGAAGAUGAGGAUGAAGACAAUGAUGGGCCUGGGGACAGGCCCCCGAGCAAUCCGGAGGCUGGGGCUGAGGACAGCCUAGACUCACCCAGUGCCUGCCCUCUCAGCACAGGGUGUCCAGCUCUGGACGCUACCUUGGUCCAGCACCUGUACCACUGCAGUCGCCUCCUGCUGAAACUUGGCACAUUUGGGCCCUUGCGCUGCCAGGAGGCGUGGGCCCUGGAGCGGCUACUGCGGGAAGCUCGAGUGCUCGAGGCAGUGUGCGAGCUCAGCAGGCUAUGGGAGAUCCCUGCCACCUCUGCCCAGGAAGUGGUGCAGUUCUCAGCCUCUCGUCCGGGCUUUCUGACUUUCUGGGACCACUGCACAGAGGGACUCAGCCCUUUCAUCUGCCCCAUUGAACGAGUGCUCCUCACCUUCUGCAGCCAGUAUGGUGCCCGUCUCUCUCUGCGUCAGCCAGGCUUAGCUGAGGCUGUUUGUGUGAAGUUCCUGGAAGAUGCCCUGGGGCAGAAGCUGCCUAGGAGGCCCCAGCCAGGCCCUGGGGAACAGCUCACCAUCUUCCAGUUUUGGUGUUACGUUGAAGCCUUGGAUAGCCCCUCAAUGGAGACCUAUGUGACCGAGACAGCAGAGGAGGUGUUACUAGUGCGGAAUCUGAACUCUGAUGACCAGGCUGUUGUGCUGAAGGCCCUGAGGUUGGCACCUGAGGGGCGGCUGCAAAGGGAUGGGCUUCGGGCCCUCAGUUCCCUGCUCGUCCAUGGCAACAACAAGGUCAUGGCUGCUGUAAGCACCCAACUCCGGAGCCUUUCACUGGGCCCUGUCUUCCGAGAGAGGGCCCUCCUGUGCUUCCUUGACCAGCUUGAGGAUGAAGAUGUGCAGACUCGAGUGGCUGGAUGCCUGGCCCUGGGCUGCAUUAAGGCUCCUGAGGGCAUUGAGCCCCUGGUUUACCUGUGCCAAACAGACACAGAAGCUGUGAGGGAAGCUGCCAGACAGAGCCUGCAGCAGUGUGGGGAAGAAGGACAGUCUGCUCAUCGACGGCUGGAGGAGUCACUAGACGCCCUGCCCCGUAUCUUUGGGCCCAGCAGCAUGGCCAGCACAGCAUUCUGAACUUUUACUCACCAGCUCCCAGUGCCCCUUUCCCCCAUUUUCAGGGCUAACCAGGCACUGGCAGGGAGGGUGAGGGCUGGCUCCAGACACCUCUCCCCACAGAAUCCUAUCCAUGAAAAUCUAAUAUAUUCUUCUGUUGUCCCUGGGGUUGGUAGAGUCAGUGCCUGCAGUUAAGUGCCUCCCAGCCUCAGCUCAGCACAUCCCUCACCAAAUAGUGUCCAGGGCCUGGCCACCUUGCCUCUGCCUCACCACAACCCUUGGUUUUAUAUUUUAUUUACAAAGUUUUACAGAAAAUUAAAAAAAGCAAAAUGCUUUCCUA